CCAGAAUCACCCAACUUCAUCUGAGAACCACCAACAACCUUCAGAACUUCUAGAUUUUACUCUGAUUGUGGAGUUACAGUCGUGGGCUUCUAGAAAAGCCUCUGGACUCAGGCUCAGUCAUAGAAUCUGAAGUCUGAAGCUACAGCAAGUUCUGAAAAUCCUCCAGUGUGCUCCAGAAAGUGGUUCAGGAGUCGCAGCAGGAUCCAGGAUGUCUUCAGGUGGAUCAGAACAGUGUUCUGGAACGGGACCCAGAUUCAGCUCCAGAUCUACAUCCAAGCCUUGGGUGUUUAUCGCACAGCUGAUUGUCUGGUGUUUGGCCUCCGCCUCUCCAGUUGGUUGCCACAGUAACUUCUCAUCUCUAUCAGACGGGGUGAUGUCUGAUCUCCACAGCACCGACUCACCUCUGCGACCCAGAGCGGAGAAUGUGAUCCAGACCUCAGACCGAGACCCACAUCUGGUGCAAGAGACCGUGAACAAGCCUCUGUUGUCUCUGGAACACCACAACCUGAAGCACCCGAGCCAGCUGAGACACAAGCACGACAGAAGUCCUCACUCGCCGUCCAUCAACUCAUCUGCGGCGGUUCGCGAGACCCCAGCGUCGCCCCCUCGGUGCAUCCAUGUGACGUCAAUAAACACGGCCUUCAAGUACAUCAACACGGUGAUCUCCUGCGUGAUCUUUGCUGUGGGGAUCAUUGGAAACGCCACCCUGCUGAGGAUCAUCUGCCAAAAUAAAAGCAUGAGGAACGGACCCAAUGCUCUCAUCGCCAGCCUGGCCCUGGGAGACCUGAUCUACAUCGCCAUCGACAUCCCCAUCAACAUCUACAAGCUCCUGGCGAUGCAGUGGCCGUUUGCUGACAGUGCGUUUGGCCUCUUCCUCUGCAAACUGCUCCCCUUCCUGCAGAAAGCUUCGGUCGGCAUCACCGUCCUCAACCUGUGCGCGCUAAGUGUGGACAGGUAUCGUGCGGUGGUGUCCUGGUCUCGGGUACAGGGCACAGGUGUUCCCAUGGUAACAGCAGUGGAGAUAGUGGCGAUCUGGGUGCUGUCCAUCGUGCUCGCCGUGCCGGAGGCCGUCGGCUUCAACAUGGUCAACUUUGACUACAACAACGUCACCAUUAGGACCUGCAUGCUGGAACCCAGGACGCCUUUUCUCGCUUUCUACCGGGAAGCGAAGGACUGGUGGCUGUUUGGUUUCUACUUCUGCGUCCCUCUGGUCUGCUCUGUUGUGUUCUACGGCCUGAUGACCUGCGAGAUGCUCAGACACCAGAAAGGAAGUCUGAAGAUCUCACUGAGCGAACACCUCAAACAGCGUAGAGAAGUCGCCAAAGCAGUUUUCUGUCUGGUGCUGAUCUUCGCUCUGUGCUGGUUUCCACUGCAUCUGAGUCGACUGCUGAAAAAAACCAUCUAUAGAUCCCAUGAUGCUCGCCGCUGUGACUUCUUAAAUUUCCUGUUGGUGUUGGACUACUUCAGCAUCAACAUGGCGACCAUCAACUCCUGCAUCAAUCCCAUAAUCCUCUACUUCGUCUCCAAGAAGUUCAAAAACUGCUUCAAGUCCUGUCUGUGUUGUUGUUUUUAUUCUGGCGCUUUCUCUAACAGUCUGAUGCCUCUCCACCAUGGGACGAGUCUGCAGUACAAACACCCUGAUCACUGAGAGAGAGAGAGAGAGAGAGAGAGAGAGCAGACGUCCAACACCUGCACUGACCAACACGUCCACACACCAUCGCGUGUUAAUGCAGUUUUAAACAUCGUGUUUAUUACAGGCUAAUAUUUCUAUAUUUCUAUAUCGGGAACUUUAUGGUCAAAAGUAUGUGGACACCUCUGGUUUCAUUACACCCACAAUAGGAACCUGCUGAGUUGAUUUUGAUUUUUGAUAUUGAUGAGUUUUACAUCAGGACUUGUAAGAAGUGCAAAGGUCAGAGGUCGACUGACAGAAAUAUUUAAAAUGUGUAUAUGUAAUAUCAUGAAUUUUAAAUAACCAUUGUGUGUCUGUGUUUGUUUCUUCUAAUCUUUUAUAUAAGUAUUUAUCAAUAAAGUCAUAUUCUCAUCGAAGUUCAAGUCUGUUUUGUGUUGCACACGUGUGCGUUCGUGUGUCUAAUAAAU